AGCUGGGCUCCCCAGCGGUGACGUCACAGUGAUUGGCAGAUCUCCCGGUGACCUUUCACACCAAGAUGGCGGCCCCCAUGCUAGUGCCGAAGUUUUGGAAACCAGGUACUGAGGGACCUGGAGUGAGUAUAUCCGAGGAGCGAAUGAGUUCUGCAGAAGCAAGUGGCACUGCAGUGAUUUACAAUCGAUAUGCAUCCCUCUCCAUUGAACAACAGAGGCAAAAGCUUCCUAUCUUUAAGAAAAUCAACGAUGUUGGUAUUCACUUAUGUGACUUGGAGUCAAAGGACAAAAGACAAACUACCUGCUUCCAGCUAUCUGUAGACAAAGGUGUUCUCCUGUUGGAUGAAGCCCAUGAGAGAACCUUGUACACAGACAUAGCUAUUGGCUUAUUAAGAAAGAUACAGAAGAAGAGAGGUGAUCUUCGACUUAUUGUGUCCUCCGCUACACUAGAUGCAGAGAAAUUUCGGAGCUUUUUCAAUAUGAAUGAGACCACCGACCCUAGUAAGGACACAUGUGCCAUCCUGACUGUGGAGGGACGGACAUUUCCAGUUGACAUAUUUUAUACUUUAAGUCCAGUCCCUGAUUAUGUGAAAGCUACAGUGGACACAGUCACGAAAAUCCACCAGAAUGAGGCUGAUGGUGAUAUCCUAGCUUUUCUCACUGGCCAGGAGGAAGUGGAGAUGGUAGUUUCCAUGGUGAUAGAGCAGGCCCGUGCUCUUUCUCGCAGCGGGAUGAAAAAGCACCUCCGUGUUCUCCCAAUGUAUGCAGGGCUGCCUCCUGGCGAACAGAUGAAAGUCUUUGAAAGAAUGUCCCCUAACUGCAGGAAGAUAGUGGUAGCCACAAACAUUGCAGAAACCUCAAUCACUAUUAAUGGGAUUGUUUUUGUCAUCGACUGUGGCUUUGUGAAGCUGAGAGCCUACAAUCCCAGAACAGGUAUCGAAUCUCUCGUUGUAACUCCAGUCUCCCAGGCAUCUGCAGCUCAGCGAGCAGGGCGAGCAGGCCGAAAUCGCUCGGGAAAGUGCUUCAGACUAUGCACAGAGGAAACCUUUGAGAAACUGCCGGAAUCCACAGUGCCAGAGAUGCAGCGCAGUAACCUUGCUCCAGUCAUACUCCAGCUAAAAGCACUGGGUAUUGACAAUGUGCUGAGAUUCCAUUUUCUGUCUCCUCCACCGGCCCAGUCAAUGGUCCAGGCAUUGGAACUGCUUUAUGCCCUAGGAGGUUUGAACGAUCAGUGCUUCCUUACUGACCCUCUUGGCUUACGCAUGGCUGAAUUUCCCUUGAAUCCCAUGUUUGCUAAAAUGCUGCUGGAGUCAGGAAACUUUGGGUGCUCACAGGAGAUUUUGAGUAUAGCAGCCAUGAUGCAGAUACAGAAUGUGUUUCUGGUACCCCCAAACCAGAAAAGUGCAGCGGUAAGAGAGCACAGGAAGUUUGCUGUGGCUGAGGGAGAUCAUCUCACAAUGCUGAACGUCUAUGAGGCCUUUGUUAAGCACAAUAAAAACUCUCAGUGGUGCCAGAAGCAUUUCUUAAACUACAAAGGGCUUAUUAGAGCCACUACCGUACGUGAGCAACUAAAAAAGUUAUUGUCCAAAUUCAGAGUGCCAAAGAAAUCGAGCGAAGGUGACCCAGAUCCUAUUCUGCGAUGUAUUGUUUCAGGCUUCUUUGCGAAUGCUGCUAAAUUUCAUUAUUCUGGAUUCUACAGGACCAUUCGAGAUGAUUAUGAACUUCAUAUUCAUCCAACCUCUGUAUUAUAUGGAGAGAAGGAACCACAAUGGGUCGUGUAUAACGAGAUCAUCCAGACAUCCAAGUAUUUUAUGAGAGAUGUGACUGCGAUCCAAUCUUCGUGGUUGUUAGAAUUAGCCCCGCACUUCUAUCGAAGAAGAACUUCCAUUUCUCAGAGGGUAAAGAAAGCUCGAGUUACCUGAUUGUUCUUGCGACUCUACUAUCGCCUGCAAGUGAUGGGUGAAACAGCUACUCGCAAAGCCAAAUUCGACUUGUUUUCCUCAUCUGUUCAUGAAUGAACUUCGCACCUCAUGCCAUCAGAUUAUUUAUUGAAUAAAAUUAAAAAGUGGCAUUCAUAUUGAGAUGUCCAGUCUGCAGGCACAGAGUCCUGUUGAUGUAGCCACCAAAGGCAAGGCAUUCAGUUGCAUUUAUGCUUAUAUCUCUAAUUUGCUGGUUGGUUCUGUUUGAUUUUCUUGGGUCUGCAGGUUUAGAAAGGAUUGUUUUUAGCACAGUUGCCUCACUUGAGCCUAAGUUCUAAAUCAUAAUACCAAGAUCUGCUUGUAUCAGCAAAGUGAGAUAUAUACAAAUUAAAUGGAAGCAUGGAUGUAAACUCCCCUGAUACGUGGUCCCUCAGUCUCCACAGUACACACUUAUUUAGUCAAUAGGACAAUAAGCUUGUAUGUGCAUUUUUAGAUUAACCUAUCUAAUAUACAAUGAGCAUAGUCUCAAACUGACGCAUCAGUGGUCAAGCUGUGAAGGUGAGAACAUUAUAGACUCCAGUGCAAAGUACCUUAUAAAAAUAUCUCUUAGGGAAUAAAUACACACGGCUGCUGAAAUCUGGGCUUCCAGGGUGAUCGUGGGUGUUCACAGUCACAAUAGAUGCAUACUUUCUUGUUCAUCGUUUAAUCUUCAUCUUCUUCUAUGAAGAAAAGUGCUUUCAACAACAGUUGUGAAUGAGUAUGCUGCCUAGGUCCCUUCACAUUGUAAGUAUUUGUGAUGAUGUGUUCCUUUCCAACGUUUUUUUUAAAACACAGCAAAAUAAAUCCAUGCCUUAAGUUCA